AUGUACACAGUGGCUACAGAAAAUUUUGAUGGUUAUAUUCAUGUUGAUAACCUUAUGAAAAAGGCCUUAAAAGAAGGCACGACCGAAGAAGAGAUAAAAGAAGCAUAUGUUGCUUGGAGCAAAACAUAUGAAAAGGUGAAUAUAAAUUUCUCUUUUGUAAAGCCAGUUUCACGCAAAACGCAUAAAUACGAAUUCGAACCUAGCUAUAAACCGUGCGAAUUCCCGUCUGAAAUAGUAAUGCAGGACAAUCUUCGCAUAGUUCCGAAUUCAUAUACAGGGGAUCUAUUACAGUUAGGCGGUUUUGGCGCAUUUGGGAGGGCGGUUUUCGUCUUUUCGAAUAUUUCUCAAUUUUCGUGCGGUUUAUUAUCGCUCAGUGACGGGAAAUCGUUGAGCAUGGACUAUAUUUGAUUUGACAUAAGCUGCAUUUGAAGAUUGGCUGCCUUCAUUGGCAGUUAAUACCGAUGUUGAUACUAGAGUGAUCAUCGGUGGUUAAUAGGCCCUUGGCAGCAUGUUUGAUUGCAUGCCGGAAAUAUAGAGGAAAGGGUAUUUUCGUGAGCCGUGAAUGGUAGUGUCAUGAAAUGUGAUUUGUUCUACAGCCGUGAGGCGUGAUUGUCGAUAAAAAUGCUCCGUGAAAUGAGAAUGAAGGAUGUCUGUUUCGUGAACUGCGAUUUUGCUAUGUUUAUUUCGAUCUAUUUCAUAAUAGUCAUAAUCAAUUUAUAUGAUCUCACUCGAUUCAGUCGAUUGCAGAGUAAAAACUUCGGAGGCCUUUCGGAGGUCGUCGUAUAUGCUCGUCACUGAAACUUCUAAGUUAUGAUGUAGUUUUUAACUGACAGGUUGUACCAUGCAUCAUUAAACAUACUCUUAAUAAACCUAUUAUUAUAAUAUUAUUUUAUUAGAAUCUAGUUUUCCGUGAAAUUGCUUUUUUAAGACACGUGAAUCGUGAAACGGCUUUUUUUUCGUUGUGAAACGUGACCCAUACCCCCCCCCCCUUUCCCACCCUCUAAAUACUGUACCAUGCAUUAAACAUACUCUAAAUAAACCUAUUAUAAUUAUAUUAUUUUAUUAGAAUCUAGUUUUCCGUGAAAUUGUUUUUUUAAGACACGUGAAUCGUGAAACGGCUUUUUUUUUCGUUGUGAAAAGUGAUGCAUACCCCGCCUUCUCACCCUCAAUAUAAUUGUUUGGUAUUUGUGGAAACAUCAUUUUAAAGCCUGCAUGGAUUUUCACCUGUAAUUAUUACAGCACCAAAGCCAAUGAAAACCGUACUUGGAUCGAAAGCUUCGCCAAAGCCGAGGAAAGAAACUAGAUGUGUCCACAAGGUGCACCCCCUCUAGCUCCGCCCCUGCAUGUAACAUGGCACUACGUUUUAGCGAGGUAAAUUUCCAUACAAGUGACACCCUAGUUAUACUUCAGCGCGUAAAAUAAACUUGCCUGAAAUACACGGCUAAAAACGCACAGGUUGUUGCAAGUUGAUAUCGACAGGCGUGAACAAUGUUGUGCGGCCAACUAUGAACAAGUUGUCAACCAUGUUGUUCCAAGUUGUUACAGUUGAACAAUGCUGUAACAACAUGUUGACAAUACUGUUCAUAGUUGGCCGCACAACCUUGUUCACGCCUGUCGAUAUCAACUUGCAACAAGUUGUUGAUUUUCUCAAUUUUUACGCGUGUAGACAGAAAAUACGGUCAUCGAGCAUCAAAAAUAUAAAAAUUUCUGGGGGAAAAUCCCUUAUUUUGUACGAAUUUAAAGAUAUGAAAAUAUCAUGAAUACAUUGAAGGUAACAGGAAAAUUUUUUACAUUUAAGUUUCUAUUCGGUAAAAUUCUUUCACGUGUUUUUAGGAUAUUCUAAAUCAAGGGUACGGCGGUCCAGCUGUAGCAGCGGAACAAUUGGUACAAAAAUUGAAAGAAUUUGGAUACACCAACGAUGCUCGUAUUCUAGAUCUCGGCUGCGGCACAGGAUUGGUCGGUGAAGAACUAAAGAAAUAUGGUUAUAAAACUAUCGAUGGAGUUGACCUAACCCCCGAGUUGCUGGAGUCUGCCAAAGCAAAAGGUAUAUAUGGAUUACUACAACAAGGUUCGAUGGGGUCUCCAGAGUGCAAGGAUCUGGGCAUUGGCGCAAACCAGUACGACGCCACCAUUUGCGUGGGUACCUUAGCACUCGCACACGUGAAAAGCGAAGGCCUUGACGAUCUCGUGCACGUGGUCAAACCGGGGGGAUUGGUGUGUUUUAGCAUAAGAGAUCUUUCACUGAAUGCUCCGCAAAGCGGAUAUCGUGAGAAAAUGGAUCAACUUUGCGAAGUUGGAAAGUGGAAAUUCGUUGCAAAGCACCACCAAGCGGCUUACCUUACAGAUGACGGUAAAUGGUUCUUCGUGUAUCAAAAAGUGGAAAUUGCUUGA